AUGAAGCAGCACAUUGUUAUGUUGAAGCAAAUAAUAAGUGAGGAAAUAAUGUUGUUAGAAACGGACAAAAAAUUAGAUUUGGGAACUACAACAACAGAGAAUACUACCAACCCACCUCUUGCAAUCAAUCUCACAGCCUGUCAAGCUACGGGAAUAACAACAAAACAAGAAGGACAAGUUGGGAUACAUCGAUCAGAAGUGUUCAACAGAUACGUAGCUGGUAUGCGCGAUUGCAAAGAGCAAUGGAAUGUCAAACUUACAAAUCUAAAUGAACAAAAAAAUGACACCUAG